UCCCCCAACUACCACCAAUCUCUUCCUUUAUUAACUUCACACUCACCCUUCUCUCCUCACAAUAGCUCCAACUACCACGGCUCCUCUUUGAGCUCUCCUCUGUCUACUCUAAACUUCUGCUCUUUCUUUCUCAAUGGGCUCUGAGAUGGUGAUGGUGGAUGAGAUUCCUUUUCCUUGUGAGAUUACAACCUCGAAGGCUUUGCCACUCAUGGGCUCUGGAAUUACUGAUAUCGAGAUACAUUUCCUUCAAAUUAAGCACAAUGCAAUUGGGAUUUAUUUGGAUGAGAGUAUUGUCGAGCAUCUGGGGGACUGGAAGAACAAGAAGGGCAGUGAGCUAGCUGGAGAUGACAGUUUCUUUGAUGCUCUUGUAUCAGGUACGAGUAAUAUAUCAUCAACCUGUAAACGUCAAAACUUACCAUUUUUGCUGACAUUAGCCUGUUUAUGCUUGUAUCAUUUACGCGUUUAGCCAAGAAACGGGAUGAUUGUUCUUUCUUAGUGCAUGAUUCCUGAAAACAUUACUCAUUCAUAAAAUAUACUUAUUAAAUGGGGUUUGUGCCUCUCUAUGCGGUUGUCACACAUCCAAGUCAUUACAACUAGAUCAUUGCUAAUAACUUGGAUAUGUGCCAUAUCAACGACAAACCAUCCAACACCCAGGAGAAACACACCAACUCUCGUUUACUCAUAAAACGGGUUUUGGGAUGUCCCUCCUGUUGUGCGCCGCGGAAGCCCUAAAUUGACAAAUCGAAGGCACACACAAGACAAUAGUAGACCACAAACCAAUGCAAGCCAACCAAUCACAGCACAAACACAAGAUAUACGUGGUUCGGCAAUAUGCCUACGUCCACGGGGCAAGGAGAGGGAAGCUUUACUAUUCAAAUCAAAGGGGAGUACAAGUUAGGGUUACAAAUCUUACCCAAAACCCUCAAAUAAGACCAAAAGAUCUCUCAAAUAGACUCCAACAAUAGAAGCCCUCAAAUCUCCCUUUGCUCAGCUCAAAAUCGCCCAAACUCUAACCC